CACCUUCUCACGCUCCUUUUUGAUUUUCUUCGUUCCUACCCCAUUUUUUGUCUUUUUGCCUUCGCAAGAGAAAAGAAAAGAACAAACCAAAAACUCUCUCUCGCGCUCUCUAGAACCCAAGCCCAGAUGGACACGGACGUGACGAUGGUUACGGCAGGCGAGGCCAGUUCGUCUUCCUCAAGGAAACCGAAGCGAUUCGAAAUCAAGAAGUGGAAUGCUGUCGCUCUUUGGGCUUGGGAUAUUGUUGUGGAUAACUGCGCUAUUUGUAGGAAUCAUAUCAUGGAUCUUUGCAUUGAGUGUCAAGCAAAUCAAGCGAGUGCUACAAGCGAGGAGUGCACUGUUGCCUGGGGAGUGUGCAAUCAUGCCUUCCACUUCCACUGUAUCAGCCGAUGGCUCAAAACCCGCCAAGUGUGCCCUCUUGAUAAUAGCGAGUGGGAGUUCCAGAAGUAUGGCCACUAAAAUUGAUGGAGCGAGCAGAACAGCUGGAUGGGCUUCUUUUAGGCCAGCACUUGGAAGUCAAAAAACCUGCAGGCAGAGAUGUCUCUAAUGACUUGACAUUAUGUUAGAUUGUUAUAAGAAACAUAUCGGAACAUUUUUAGUAUUUGUAUUCUGAAGUUUUUCCUGUUAGACCCACUUUAUGUCAUGAGAUGUUGUGCAGUUUGCUCUA